AACACAGUUUGCCACCAAGUUUCCAAAACCCUAGUUAAGCUAACUCACUUUGGCCAUUAUUCCACCAACUUGUUUUAAUAUCCUGCCAUGGCCAUGAAGAUUAGCUUGACGGGUUUUGUGACACUUGUUCUUCUUCCAAUAUUACUAUCACCAUCUCUCUUCGUGCAAGGCACUUUAGGAGGGAUAGAAUGUGAGAAUCUUGGAAAAGAGAAUUGCUCGUUCGCAGUUUCAUUGGCUGGAAAGCGAUGCGUUCUUGAGAAGAUAGUGAAGAGGAGUGGAAUGGAAGCAUACAUAUGCAAAUCAUCAGAGAUAGAAGCAGACAAAGUGAUGAAUCACAUUGAGACUGACAAGUGCGUGGAGGCUUGUGGGUUAGACAGAAUGUCCCUUGGAAUCUCAUCAGACUCACUCAUCGACUCUCACUUCACUGAGAAGCUCUGCUCCACCCAAUGCUAUCAUCAUUGCCCAAAUGUUGUUGAUUUGUACUUCAAGCUCGCUGAGGUUGAAGGUGUGUUUCUUCCCAGUUUAUGUGAAGCAAAAGGCGAAAGUGCGAAACGAGCUAUGGCUGAUGUAAAAAGCUCUGGUGCUGUGGCAGCAUGAUGAUGAGCUGUGAACUCUGAAAUUUCAUAGUCAGAACUCGUGGACCAGGACUGUUUCAACACACCAUAUUGAUUUAUUAUAAUUGAAAAAAGGAAUAUUAUAUUUUUGUUUAAUUUAUUGGUAAUAAUUAUUGAGGUUACACCCAAAUGAUGUAAGUGUUUUGAAUCUACUGUUAAGUAUCUUUUGUUCUUUUAUUGAAUACUAGGUGUUUACUAGACGGACUUGUAUUCACACAGCAAUAAGGUGUAGCUUCCACUCUUUUAUACAUACAUACAUACACACAUACAUACAUA